AUGAUUGCUGAAAUGAACGCAGUUAAUAUUAUUACAUUGUCGGUAUGUUUAGUAGUCAAUAUACAACCUAGCCUUUCCGAAGUAUGCUGCACCCCAGAUCAAUGGGUGGCCGAUAUGUUCCUGGACUAUGGAACAGUGUUUAUCAACAAAGAUCAGGCAGCGGCUCCUAAAGCAGCUUACUCUUAUAUUAAUGGGACUGUAAAAACUGCGUAUGAUUACCUAAAUCAAAGGACUUAUCUCAAAUUGAAAGGAACGCAAGUGUCUCCGCUCAUUCCCGGUCCUGUACCCAGCGACACAACCAUUAUCAAUGACUACAAAAUUGGUAUUCAAUACAACAUUGAUCUAGACGGCAGCUGUCAAAAAAGUACUAUAGAGAACAUGACAAAACAAUGUGUACCAGAUGAAGCAAAAUUGGUGAGUACCGGCUCAUUGGCUUCUAGUUGGAAUAAGGUCCAGAAUUACAGGUUUACCACCAAUGAUGACUUUCCAGCAUCAGUUGACGCAACAGUUAUCCAAAAUAUACCCACGAAAGCAUGCAACCCAGUACGUGCUGUGUAUUUUGUGGGGAGCGCAGACAGAGGCUCUGGCACACUGAUAAAUUUAGACGUCCUGAAUGUAGUACCUAGCAUUCUGGACCCGAGUGUAUUCAGUCCUCCACCACAGUGCAAAAACGCCAGGUUCACGGGGAAAGAGGAAAAGGAAAGAAAUACAGUAUUGCAGCGCUUUUUCAGAAGGGGACGGAUCAUUUAAAUAAAGCUC